UAAACAGUAAAGAAUAAAGAUUCGCUUUCGCUAAUCGCAAUUCGCAAUUCGCUUGUCGCUCCACAACCGGCAACACCCGGCGGACAGCAGUUGAUCAUGAGAAUAGUGCGUGAACAACUAAAAUAGAUUCAUAUUAUUUUCUAUUAUUGUGACGUAAUAUCAAGGCGAACGAACUUUACUCCGCUAAUAAGUUCCGACUUAAAUAUUACAGUAAUUUCAUCAAAAACAGAAAUAGUGUGUUGUGACGAAAAUUACUGUAAUGUUUAAAUUCUUGUCCAACUCCUUGAUCACUCAAGCCAGCUGUCAAGAGGUGGGGGGCUGGUUAUUUAAAACGGGCCGAACCAGAUAGACUUCGAGAGAUAUUCUUGAGGUAUGCCACAAUAGAAAAAGAUGGUGAAAAGUACAUUACUAGUGAGAAUUUUGUCAGGAAAUUCCUUGGACUGUUCGAUGAAGAUGAUUACAACAAGGAGUCAGUCCAGCUCAUCGCUGGCAUCGUGGACAUGGACAAGGAUGGGUUCAUUUCAUUCUCGGAGUUCCAGGCCUUUGAGGGGCUCUUGUGUGUGCCCGACGCACUCUACAAAACUGCCUUCCAACUAUUCGAUACUAAUGGAAAUGGACUGGUCACAUUUGAGGAGUUUGCCGACGUCAUGAAAAAGACGGCCUUGCACAAGAAACUGCCAUUCAACAUGGAGAGUACAUUCGUUCGCCUGUACUUUGGAAAGGACAAGAAGCGCCUAGUGACAUACCCAGAGUUCAGUCAGUUCCUACAUGACUUCCAUGAGGAAUAUGGAGUUGAGGCUUUCAAGAAACGUGACAUGGAUGGCAGCGGUUUCAUCAGUGUCGGGGACUUUAGAGAUAUCAUGCUGUCCGUCAAAAACCACCUUCUCACUAAGGAGUUGAAGACGAAAGUCAUUGAAGCGUCCGUUUUCCCGCAAGGUGAGAGAAAAAUCAGUUUCCCGUACUACAUGGCAUUUAACUCGCUCCUCAAUAACAUGGAACUGAUCAAGAGAGUAUAUUUGAACGCCACGAACGGACACCGAACGCAAGAGGUCACGAAAGAGGAGUUCCUGCAUUCCGCCCAAAUGAUGAGCCAGAUUACACCUCUGGAAGUGGACAUUUUGUUCAGUCUGUGCGAUAUGAUUCAUCAUACUAACGGACGUAUCGUGUACAAUGAUUUGAACGCAAUCACCCCCGAACAAUACUUCAAACAAGUGACAAGAAGAGUUGCUGAAAUCAAGGCCGUGUCGAGUCCCGAAGAAAGGAGUGUUUUAAUUCAAAUAUUGGAGAGCACAUACAGGUUCACCCUGGGUUCCAUUGCUGGUGCGGUGGGUGCCUCCGCAGUAUACCCGAUAGACCUGGUGAAGACCAGAAUGCAGAACCAACGUACGGGCUCCUUCAUUGGUGAAGUGGCCUACAGGAACUCAUGGGAUUGCUUCAAGAAGGUCAUCCGCCACGAAGGAGUGUUUGGCCUCUAUAGAGGUCUCGUGCCCCAAUUGAUAGGAGUAGCCCCGGAGAAAGCUAUUAAAUUGACUAUGAAUGACUUAGUACGAGAUAAACUAAUGGACAAAAAUGGCAACCUUACUCUUGGUGCUGAAGUCUUAGCCGGUGCAUGUGCUGGCGCAUCCCAAGUAGUAUUCACGAAUCCAUUAGAAAUAGUAAAGAUUCGCCUGCAAGUGGCCGGCGAGAUAGCUGGAGGCACCAAAGUGAGGGCGUGGUCUGUGGUCAAGGACCUCGGGCUUUUCGGUCUCUACAAGGGCGCUAAGGCGUGUCUGCUCCGCGACGUGCCCUUCAGUGCUAUAUACUUCCCUGCGUAUGCGCAUGUCAAAGCCAAAUUCGCGGACGAGAACGGCUACAACCACCCGCUGACGCUGCUGGCUGCGGGCGCCAUCGCCGGCGUGCCCGCCGCCUCGCUCGUCACACCCGCCGAUGUUAUUAAGACACGAUUACAGGUGGUAGCGAGAUCCGGUCAGACGACAUACAACGGAGUCAUCGACGCAACUAGGAAAAUAUAUGCCGAAGAGGGUGCUAGAGCGUUCUGGAAGGGUGCUAUCGCUCGUGUCUUCCGCUCCUCGCCGCAAUUCGCCGUGACGCUGGUCACGUACGAAAUAUUACAGCGUCUGUUCUACGUGGACUUCGGUGGAUCUCGUCCAGCCGGUUCAGAGCUCACCGUGGCCACUCCAGUGGAAGAGACGAAGAAGAAGCCGCACCACAUCGGCGGCUACCAAGUGGCCAUGCCGAUACUCACCGGCUUAGAAACCAAGUUCGGAAUCUCACUGCCGAGGUUCUCAUACCCUAAGGCUCAAUAGGGGGUUGCGAGAGAUGUGUAGGAAGUGUUUUUGAU